AUGUUGUCGCGUCCGCCUAGUGUUAUUGCACCUCUGACAGUGUCACAGGAAGCUUUGCUCGCUGAAAUGGAACAACUCAAUAGUGCCAAUACGAACGAUCCGAAAGCUAAAGUGCUUUUACACAUCAAGCGGCAAUCCAUGCGAAGAAGCAUAAUGGUCGGCAAUCCAUUGGAGAGAAAAGACGAAAAUAUGAUGACGGAUGAUUAUGACUGGGAAUUAUGGGCUAGUAUUAUUUGCGAACAGGAUCUGACAAAACCGAUCAAACUGCUGCCCAAACAUGUGCAACGUGGUGUUCCGCCCGCUUUACGAGGCAUGGUGUGGCAGCUAUUGGCUCAAUCCAAAAACGCCAACCUGGAGCGUGAAUACAGCCAACUGUUAAAACUAACGAGCCCUUAUGAGAAAAUGAUUCAGCGAGAUUUGGCAAGAACGUUCCCCGGUCAUGAAGUGUUCAAGGACAAAGACGGCAUUGGUCAGGAAGGCUUAUUCAACGUGAUGCGAGCCUACAGUGUGUUUGAUCAGGAAGUCGGUUAUUGCCAAGGUUUGGCAUUUGUGGUCGGUCCGCUGUUACUCAAUAUGCCAGAUGAAGAAGCAUUUUGUGUAUUUGUGCAAAUGAUGAAUAAGUACGGAUUUCGUGGACAUUUCACCCCGGAUAUGGAAGGACUGCAUUUGCGUCUGUAUCAAUUUGACGCCUUGUUGGCUGAGCAUCUCCCUCACGUAGCUCGACACUUGCAACUUCAAGGCGUACGAUCCACUAUGUACGCCUCUCAGUGGUUUAUGACGCUCUUUGCGUAUAAAUUCCCGCUGGAGCUUGUGUUUCUCAUUUACGACGUGAUCCUCGCCGAAGGAGCCAGCGCCAUUUUCAAGUUUGCCAUUGCGCUACUGAAACGAAACGAAACCACCAUUCUCGGCCUGGAUUUCGAGCAGCUGCUCGACUUUUUGAAAAACAAGCUCUUUGAAGAAUACAAGUCCAAUGAUCGGCGCUUGGUAGAUGACGCUUGCGCACUGCAAAUUUCACCGAAGCGAUUGUUUCAGCUGGAGAAAGAGCAUAAACAGCAACUCGCAAAAGAACUCGCCGAUGCUAAACUUUUGGAUGAAUUGCAACAAACAAACAUCGCUUUCAAGAAAAAGGCGAAGGAUUUAGAGUUCGAAGUUGCAGAACUCCGGAGAGAACAUCAAGAUGUGUCGGAGCAACUAAUCGAGAGCAAAGACAAUCUGAUUCACUUAUAUGACGAGCGCGAUUCACUCCAAGAUCUGGUGGAUUCACUUCAAGCGGAAGUGACGGGCUUACCAUCCCAAGUGGAACAGCAACGCCGAAGUCAGUUCGAUGAAUUGUGCAACGAGAACUCCCAACUAGUCCACAAGAAUUGUCUACUGGAAGAUCAAUUGGCAUCGAUUGAGGCGUUGCUGAUUGAUAUGAAAAUGAAAUAUGCACAAAGCGAAAAUCAAAAAGAAGAGUUGCAAAGAACUUUGUUUGAAAUCAAACGAUCCAUUACCACCUAG